AUGGCCGAGGGAGGUCCGAAUCGGCGGCAGUCGUUCUCUGCCGUCGUCUCUCCGGGCAUGCUGUGUCAACUCUACAUGCACGACUCGAGAGGCGACGGCUGGCAAGGCGCCGAGUGGAGCGGGCUCGGACAGGGCGGUCUCACGCUCGAGGAUGGGUUUGAGAAGACGUUCACCUUUGUUGUGCCGCACUUGCCGCUGCAACUCACCGGCCCGUGCUGCAUCACCGACGGCGGCUCGUGCGCCACGUCGCCAAACUACCCGGAGAGUUACAGCAACAACGAGGAUUGCAUCAUCACUGGUGUGCCGGCGGUCGGCCUUGAGGUGGUGGCCUUUGAUGUGGAGGGGUUCAGCUUCUGCGAAAGUGACUACCUCACGGUCAGCGGCAAGAAGUACUGCGGAAGCCGUGGGCCGGAGGGCGUGGUGGUGGAGGACGGCAUCAUCGAGUGGUGGGGCGGCGUCGUCUACGCGUGGGACAGCGGUGCGGUCUCGAUCAUCGGCUCGACCGUGUCGGGCUGCUCUGCUUCUUAUUACGGCGGCGUCGUCUACGCCAAUCAGAACAGCGGUGCGGUCUCGAUCAUCGGCUCGACCGUGUCGGGCUGCUCGGCUGGCACUCACGGCGGCAUCGUCUUCACGGGUGGCAGCGGUGCGGUCUCGAUAAGCGGCUCGACCGUGUCGGGCUGCUCGGCUGGCACUCGCGGCGGCGGCGUCUACGCGAUUGGCAGCGAUGCGGUCUCGAUAACCGGCUCGAACGUGUCGGGCUGCUCUGCUGGCUAUCGUGGCGGCGUCGUCUACGCGUAUAACAGCGGUGCGGUCUCGCUAAUCGGCUCGAACGUGACGAGCUGCUCUGCUGGCUCUUACGGCGGCGUCGUCUACGCGUGGUACAGCGGUGCGGUCUCGCUAAUCGGCUCGGCCGUGACGGGCUGCUCUGCUUCUGCUGCCGGCGGCGUCGUCUCCGCGGAGUCCAGUGGUGCGGUCUCGAUAAUCGGCUCCAACGUGUCGGGCUGCUCUGCUGGCUGGAACGGCGGCGUCGUCAGCGCGUAUUCCAGCGGUGCAGUCUCGAUAAUCGACUCGGAUGUAUCGGGCUGCUCGGCUGGCGAGGACGGCGGCGGCGUCUCCGCGGAGGACAGCGGUGCGGUCUCGAUAAUCGGCUCGGCCGUGACGAGCUGCUCGGCUGGCAAUGGCAAGUGGGAACCUAAGCGCGAGUGCCUGGCGAAGCUGCUGAGAAGGGGCCGCGCCGGUGCGGAGAUGGCGAAGAGCGCGGGACUCUGGACGAAGCUCAAAAUCGCCAUCUCCUUCUACCAGUGUCUCGCCGCUAUCCCAUCCGUUUACGUCCUCACGGCGCCGGAUACGCUCGUUGGCGGUGCGAUCGACGACCUGCAACGGGGUCUCACCGCCGCCUUCCGCUUCGCCGACCUGGCUGUGCCCUCCAAGUGCUACGGGACCAAGCUCCAUCAGCUCAUCGGGGCGGCGUUCACUCCGUACGCCCUCUUCUUGCUGCUGGCCGUGCAGAUAGCCGUCGCGGCUCGCUGCAGGGGACGGCGCCACGAGACCGGCCUAGUCGCUCUCGCCUCCUCUGGCCUGCGCUCGGCCCUGCCAGCAGGCCUUUUUCUUAGCUUCCUCUUGCUCCCCUCCAUCUCCUCGCUCAUAUUUCGCAGUUUUCUGUGUGACGCCUUUGUGUACAACGACGCUACCGGCACGACGAGGUCGUACCUGCAUUCCGACUACUCGAUGGAGUGCGGCACGCCGUCGCACCAGCGGCUCGAGCGGUGGGCUUACGGCCUCAUCCCCCUCUGGCCUGCUGGCGUGCCGGCGCUGUACCUGAUCUUCCUCCUUGCAUGCCGCCGCACGAUUCGAGCGGGGAGGGUGACGCACGCUUCGGCCUCCGUCCGGUUCCUCUGGUCCGACUACAGGCCUGAGGUUUAUCUGUGGGAGGUGCUGGAGGUGCUUCGAAAGCUGACGGUUACCAGCUUUGUCAUGCUGAUCGAUGAGCAGCACGCAGGCGCGCGCGUACUUGUCGCGCUUCUCGUUUCGAUCCUCUUCCUGUCUCUCGAGAUCUGGGUCCAGCCCUUCCGACGCGACGAGGACAACUGGCUGGCACACAUGUCGAACUUGGCGCUCGUCAUCUCCUACCUGACCGUUCUCGUAUUCAAGAUGUGCGACAGCUAUUCAGAUGCAUGCGACGUGUUUGGCUUCAGCGCGGAGGGGAUCUUCUCCUUCUUCGUUCUGUUUGGAAUCUGCCUGCUGGUCUUGCAUGUACUCCUGUCGCUCACGCACCUGGUGUUUCACGCCGCCGCCACAACCCCGGCCCUACGCGCCGUCUCCACAAACAGCCCGCCGUUGCUAAGCAUGCCAAAGGAGGUGCACUUUCAUCUCUUUGUCUCCCACGUGUGGAAGACCGGGCAAGACCAGACCCACACGCUAGUUCGGCAGCUGCAGCUGAUGCUACCCGGCAUCCGCAUCUGGCUCGACGUGGUCAACUUGGACGACAUCGGCAAGCUUGAGGAGGCGGUGGCCGAUGCGGCCGUGGUGCUAAUCUUUCUCUCCUCGGGUUACUUCGCGAGUCGCAACUGCCGGCGCGAGGUCUACGCGGCUCUCGCCAAUAACAAGCCCAUCGAGGCGGUGAUUGAGGCGGACAAGGAGAAAGGAGGUGCUACGGUCGAGGAGAUGCAGGCUGAGGCCCGUCGUUGCUUCGCACCGCAAGUACCCGGCAUCCCUAGCGCGGAGGUCGUGGUCGCCAGAGUCUUUGCGCAAGAUCCAGUUGUGUCGCUAAAGGAGAUCGCGUUGCGGGUGCUGCGACAGUUGCCCUACUACAUCUCGAUCCCCAGCGACCUCGAUCGCGGUCUCACACUGCCGGGUGAGCUCUCUCCGUUCCGCUUUCCUCCGCCUUGCAUUACAAUCUUGACUUGUGACGCGAACGUGGGGGCGCGGGCGGUGGCCAACGAAGUCCGGGCCACCGCAGUUCGGACGAGCAGCGACAGCACAGUCAGGAUCGAGGAGGCGGGAGCUGUCCUCGCGGCAGGCGCAGCCCAACCUCCCGGCACGGUGGCGCUCCUCAUCUACUUGAACGAGAGGGCCUUCACGGACGCUGGGGGCGUGGUGACAGCGACAGUGCAGCGGGCGAUGGACGCUAGGAUGCCGAUCGCGCUGGUGAACGAGCAGGACGAGGAGAGGGGAGCCUGCGUCUUUGCGCGCUAUUUUGAGCUGGCGCCGGACGUGCUGCAGCAGCCGCCAUACAAGCUGUUUGAUCUGGUGGCGGUGCCUCUCUACCCCGGCGCCGACCAUCGCAAGAUCAGCCUGCGCCACGUGAUGCGCGACCUUGGGGCGGAGCCAGUGGUCAAGGCUGACCUCUUUGCGCGCCUGUCGCGAGCAAGCACCUCCUCGGGCAGCAGCUCCUCCGGCGGCGGCUUCGUGUUGUCCCUGGGCGAGUGGUUGAGGAAGGGAAGGGGACGGCUGGCGCUCUUGUGGGGCGAGGGGCGAGGGCAUGGGCGAGGGGCUAGCCGUACCAGCAGUGGCGGCGACGUAGCGGGGAAUAGCUUGCAGCCCUGA